CUGGUGUCUCUUCAACACGCUCUCUCAUGGCCUACUCUGGUGCGAAAAAGACACCAUAUGGCUUGGUGUCUAACCAACUGUCCAAGCACUCCAAGACUGAAUCCCAGCUGUCCUCGUCCUCCGCGCCAUCGCGUUCGGUGGCACCCAACAUGGCAAGCAAGGCUGGCGAGAAGGCUAACGAGCCUGCGCGCAAGAUGAUGCCCAAAGAGUCUUCGUCCAAGUCUGCCACGAUGAGCGGUAUGAACGUGAAUAAUCCUGGCUGCGCGGAAUGCGUGAAGCGUGGCCAAGCGUGCACUAAAAGCACUAAAAAAAGCACGUGCGACCAAUGCAUCAUAGGGCAUCGCGCCUGUCCGUUCGUGUCGUUUAAGCGCAAAGCCGUGGAGCUCGAGAGCAGCGACGAGGACGAAUACGUGCCUGACAAAGCGGCAAAGCAAAACAGCGACGACUCCGAAAGUGAUGACGAAAGCGACGGCAACGACGGGCCCCAGCCGAGGAGGUCGUCAAGAACACUCGCCUCCGGCACGAAACAGAAGUCCACGACGCGUAGAAACAGCCAGAAGAUCCUGCCACGCCAGAUACGCAGCCCGCAGACCACCGCUAAAGGCAGCAGCGGCGCGUCCACAAGCUCUGCCUCUACGGGAGCGCGACCCAAAGCAGUUUCAUUCGGCACAUUGGAUAUCGGCGAGCUCAUGCGUGUGGACGUUGACCCACAACCGCCCAAGGAGACUACGGGCAAUAUCUCUGGCAAGAAGCUGGUGGAUACAAUCGUGAAGCAAGGCAACAGCCAGUCGCGGGGCAACGCAGAGAAGGACACCGCCCGCUUCGAGCGUCUGCGCGGCGCACGAAACGCGUUCCUGGAGAGACUGAAGAGUGUAACUGCUGAGGGCGCCACGUCGUCAGACGCGCUUGAUGAGUUGUACGUGCUUGCAAUGGCGUGGAGGACACAUGAGGAUCUUGUCUGGCCGAACGAGCUGCGGUGAGGGAUUCUUUGGGCAGCGUUACGGAGUAAUGUAGGGAAUCCAUAGUACUUAGACUUGCAAGCGCAAACGCUGAUUUCUCUUGAGAGAAGAGGGCGCCUUCACGCACAUAGUAGAGUACAAAACAGCGAUAUGAUAUCUGC